UGCUACCCUUCUAAUCCUCUCUCUCUGUAAGCUAUCCUUGUAAUCCUCAUCAAUUUCAUGUCAAGAACCACCAUUUCAUGAUGCAUGAUUAGCUACCUGGCCUGCUAAACCCUUUCCAUUCUUAGUUAGUUCUUCCAUUGCAUGCACUAAUCACUAUCUUAGCUACAAGAACUUCUCUUAACUUCAGGUAGGAUUCCCCUCAGAUCCAAGAAAGAUCCACCCAAAGAAUCCGAGCGAAAAAAGAAAGGAAAAGUUAGAUCUUGCCCUAGCUAGCUUGAGGGAGACAGAGAGAGGGAGAGCAAUCCAUUCCAUGUACAUGGACUUAACCUUGGGAGGAGCAGUGCUGCAGGUAGAAGCUACUGAGGAAGAAGAAGAGGAGGAGGAGCAAGCUCUAGGUCAAGAAGCUACACCGGCGGCGUUGGUGCUAGGUCGGCGCGAGGUGGUCGUCGGCGGCGGCGGAGGUGGAUGUGGAGCGGUGGAGCGGGAGCACAUGUUCGACAAGGUGGUGACCCCGAGCGACGUCGGCAAGCUCAACCGGCUGGUGGUGCCGAAGCAGCACGCCGAGCGCUUCUUCCCGGCGGCCGCCGCCGGGACGCAGCUGUGCUUCGAGGACCGCGCCGGGACGCCGUGGCGGUUCCGGUACUCCUACUGGGGGAGCAGCCAGAGCUACGUCAUGACCAAAGGGUGGAGCCGCUUCGUCCGCGCCGCCCGCCUCUCCGCCGGCGACACCGUCUCCUUCUCCCGCGCCGGCGACCGCUACUUCAUCGACUACCGCCACUGCCACCGCCGCGGCCGCGACAUCAACUUCGCCGCCGCCGCCGCCGCCGGCAUGCCGACGUGGCCGCCGCUCUUCGGCCGGGUGCAAACGGCGCCGGCCUGCAGCUACGGCCCCGGGAGUGCAACGAUGUUCUUGGACACGGUGGUGCCGGUCGUCGCCGGCCACCGCGUCGACGUGGGACCCACGGGACAGAGGAGCUUCAGGCUCUUCGGGGUGAAUGUCGAGUGCGGAGGCAACGACGCGGCGGCGGCGGCGGCGGCGGCGGAAGAAGCUGAUGAUGCCGCCGGCGACGACGACGACGACGACGGUGAUCGCCGGGGUGAAGAAAUGGAGCUUGUCAUGUGGACGAACCAUAGGUAG